CAGUGAAAGAUAGAAACUGCAAUGGCCGUCUAGAAUACGUUGAGGAGCUGACGUGUCGUAGUAUCUUUUCGUCAUCCGAAAUUUUAUUCAUAUUGAAAUAUGAUUACGUUUAAGCGUGACAAAAAGGAGGAGGAGGACGGCGGUGGAAACCCAUUUCAAAACUUGGAGAAGACCACAGUUCUUCAGGAAGCACGUACAUUUAACAAUACGCCUGUAAAUCCGAGAAAAUGUGCCCACAUUCUCACAAAAAUUCUGUAUCUACUCAACCAGGGCGAACAAUUAGGUACGACGGAAGCCACGGAGGCUUUCUUUGCUAUGACCAAGCUGUUUCAGUCGCGUGAUGUUAUAUUGAGACGACUGGUCUAUCUGGGUAUCAAAGAAUUGAGUUCCUUAGCCGAGGAUGUGAUUAUAGUCACGUCCAGUCUAACAAAAGAUAUGACAGGAAAGGAGGAUUUGUACAGGGCUGCCGCUAUUCGAGCACUCUGCACCAUUACCGACGGUAGUAUGCUGGCAGCAAUCGAGCGUUAUAUGAAGCAAGCCAUAAUUGAUCGCUCACCAGCUGUGUCCAGCGCUGCUCUUGUUUCUUCCUUGCAUUUGACAAGCGUAUCCAGUGACGUUGCAAGGAGAUGGGCAAAUGAGGCUCAGGAGGCAUUAAAUUGUGACAAUGUGAUGGUCCAGUAUCAUGCUCUGGGUGUUUUGUAUCAAGCACGUAAGGCAGACAAGCAUGCGGUAAUCAAGCUGGUUGCCAAACUUAUGAGGACAAGCCCGAAGAGCCCUUAUGCGGCUUGUAUGCUGAUUAGAAUGGCAUAUAAAUUAUUGGAUGAGGUGGACGAAGGCGAGGAAUUGAUAGGAUUCAUCGAAUCCUGUCUACGCCAUAAAUCUGAAAUGGUGGUGUAUGAGGCAGCGCAUGCUUUAGUCAAUCUUGGACGAAGUGGUGCCAGAGAAAUUGGACCAGCGAUUAGCGUCCUGCAACUGUUCUGUGGCUCGCCAAAGCCAGCACUUCGAUUUGCCGCAGUCAGGACUCUCAACAAAGUCGCGAUGUCUCAUCCAGCAGCGGUCACAGCUUGCAAUCUGGAUCUGGAAAAUCUGAUCACAGACUCAAACAGAUCGAUUGCCACUUUGGCAAUAACCACCCUCUUGAAGACCGGAGCAGAGAGUUCCGUUGACCGUCUCAUGAAGCAGAUCGCCACCUUUGUUUCGGAAAUUUCGGAUGAAUUUAAGGUCGUAGUAGUCCAAGCCAUCAGGGCUCUGUGUCAAAAGUUCCCUCGCAAGCACGCAGUUUUGAUGAACUUCCUCUCGGCUAUGCUAAGAGAUGAGGGCGGGCUGGAAUAUAAAGCGGCGAUCGCUGAUACCAUCAUAGCCGUAAUGGAAGGAAAUGCAGAAGCCAAGGAAGCGGGACUCGCACAUCUCUGCGAAUUCAUCGAAGAUUGCGAGCACAUCUCUCUCGCCGUUCGCAUUUUGCAUUUACUUGGCCAGGAGGGACCCACGUCGAAACAACCGUCGAGAUACAUCCGUUUUAUCUACAAUCGCGUUAUCCUCGAAAGCGCUAGCGUGCGAGCAGCAGCCGUUACCGCAUUGGCACGUUUCGCUGCCGCCUGUCCACCCUUGCUUCCGAACGUGUUGGUGUUGCUCUCACGUUGCCAGUUGGACUCGGACGACGAGGUUCGCGAUCGUGCGGCUUACUAUUGUACGAUUUUGCGGCAACAGAACGAUCCGACUAUAUUGCCUCUGAUACAGCCGCCUUUGCUGUCCAUACCGACACUGGAAAGGGCCUUAAAAAAUUACAUACAGACACCCAUGGAAGAUUCAUUCGACAUUUCUCAGAUACCUCCAGCUCAGACGGUAGAGGAACCAGCUCAAGUGGAAGUGCACACUACUAUCAAGCAGCCUCGUUUGACCAGAGAAGAAAACUUCAUGGAGAAAUUAUCGCAGAUCCCACAUUUAGCUAUGAUCAUACAAGACACGUCGCUCCUAAAAUCCUCGCCGGUGUUUGAAUUGACAGAAUCCGAAACAGAAUACAAUGUCAAAUGCAUCAAACAUACAUUCCCUGAGUAUCUUAUUUUACAGUUCGACUGUGUGAACACGCUCUCCGAUCAACUCCUCGAAGAUGUGGUAGUGGCCAUUGAACCUCCCGAAAGUUACUCUAUUGUAUGCGUGGUACCGUGUCCUCGAUUAUCUUACAAUGAGCCAGGAACCACCUACACAGUAUUAAAAUACCCAGAAGAUAUACAAGCGAGCGUCGUUACCAUUCCCACGACACUUCGAUUUAUGGCAAGAGAUUGCGAUCCAACGACGGGAAUACCAGAUGCAGAACAAGGAUACCACGAUGAAUAUAUGUUGGAAGAUUUGGAAGUUACUGUAGCCGAUCAAAUACGUGGCGUUAGUAACAGAGGUAUGGACUUUAAUACCGUUUGGGAUACAUUCGCUGCAAAAGGAUAUGCCAAGUUAGAAGAAACAUUCGCCCUGGGAGCCUCAGUGACGUCUUUAGAAGGAGCGAUUCAGAGUCUUACGGGAUUUUUGGGGUUAGAAGCUGUUGAACGCAGUAAUAAAGUACAGAGUGGAGCAGCUGCUCACAUUUUGCUCCUAAGUGGCGUCUUCCGAGGAGGAAAGGAAAUAUUAGCACGUGCUAGACUAGCGCUGAGUGGAACGCAGGUUACGAUGCAACUAUCUGUUCUUUGUCAAGAUCGAGAGGUCGCUGACCUAAUAGUCUCGUCUGUAGGAUAGAGAUUGAAACAAUGUAAGAAGUUUUGCAAUAAGAGAAAUAUAUAUUCGCUGAUUGCUGUAAAAUAAUUUUUAUAAUAUAAGAUUAUCGUUAUAUAAAUAUACAUUAUCGAAGAAAGAACGGCUUGUAUUUCUUUUCGUUAAUAUAUAUCGUGUGACUUUUUUUCUUAAUACAUUAUCAUAAUCGUUGAACAACCUUCUAUUACUCUAGACACUCUAGUACUCGUCUAAGAACACACAUAAUAAUAAUAUUAUGAUAGUGUAGUUUUAGUCAAAUUUUAUAUCGUUUAGUUCGUUAUUGAUAAUUGAAAAGAUAGUAAUUUCUUUAUAAAAAAAUAAACUUAUU